GUGACACAUCAAAUAUACAGCCGUGAUAGAAACAGACGGCGGCUCGGUGGCUAACAGCAGUGACUGUGUGUAAACGACGUGGACGCUGGACUUGACGGGAAAAAGCAGCACAGCGAGCCAGGAAUCAAAAGUAUUUCGAUUGACAUUUUCCUGUGUUUGAAGACAUAAACCUGAAUUCGUCGUUCGUGUAUACCUUCGUAACUGUGGAGUGUAUAUAAUAUGGAGUUUCCGGAUCUUGGAGAGCAUUGCUCGGAAAAGACUUGCAAACGUUUAGACUUCCUUCCAAUGAAAUGUGACGCCUGUCAAGAUAUCUUCUGUAAGGACCAUAUAACAUACGCACAUCACAAAUGCUCGUCGUCUUACAAGAAGGACAUCCAAGUCCCAGUAUGUCCGUUAUGCAACACCCCCAUACCGGUCAAACGGGGAGAGAUGCCUGACAUUAAAGUUGGGGAGCAUAUAGACCGGGACUGCAAAUCAGAUCCCGCUCAGAGAAAGAGGAAGAUCUUUACAAACAGGUGCUCAAGAAGCGGAUGUAAGCAGAAAGAAAUGAUGAGAGUGACAUGUGACCAGUGUCAUUUAAAUUAUUGUCUCAAGCACCGACACCCUCUGGACCACGAAUGUAAGACGGACGGAAAACCUCUUUCCAAAUCUGGCCACGCUGCUGUCAUGAGAUCACAAGGGUCUUCUUCGUCCUCCUCCACCUCAGCCUCUGGUUCUGGAAACUCCAGACUGGUUUCUAACGGCGUGGCCCAAAGUUCCCGAGGCCACAGCAGCGGAUCUGUCCAGCGGAUCCCCACCUCACUUUCAGCACAGAAUGUAGUACCUCCUCCAACAUCCUUCCAAGCCGGCCUGACCGAGGAACAGGCUCUACAACGAGCGCUGGAGAUGUCUCUGGCCGAGUCCAGGCAGCCCACUCCGAGUCCUCAGGAGCAGGAGGAUCUGGCUCUGGCUCAGGCUCUCGCUGCUAGUGAGGAAGAAUACCGGCGUCAACAGCAGAGACAACAGGUACCCGGAACGCUUAGCCAGCACUAGCAUGCUCGCAGUGCAGGGCAGAGAAUUCAAACCGUCCAACUGCAGCCUUUGUUAAACCUCAUGCUGGAUAUAACGCUCAGUUACAAACAGCUGCACAACUGUGGGACGUCGACUCUCCGACGCCGCUGUGAUCUUACCGCCUUCACAAAUACAAGCACACACUUUCCUACCUGGAUCAUUUUUACUGAUCAUCUGCUCUGUACAUAUUUUAUAAAAUUGUAUGCUGAUCAUGGAAAUACAUAAUUUUGUCAUGUACGCAUAUUCAAUAAAUUAUUUCACAAUGGAAUUGUGUUUGUAUCUAAGAUGAACGGCAGAGGGCGCUGUCUGCGCGUGGAAUUGACUCCAUGGAUUACGAACGCGAUCAAUAGGAGGCAGUGCAACUGCAUCUCGUCACGUAUAAGCUUCGAUAAAUGUGUUUUUGUUUUUGUCUUUUUGUUUAGCACCAUGUGUUAUACAACCAAACAAAUCCGGGGGACAGAUUUAUGGGCGGAAACAAAAUCUGUGUUGAGUAAAUAUUCAGUGCUUUUACCGACUCAGUUGAGCCCAGCUGUGCAAAUCUACAUCUUAAUGAGGCUUUGAACUCUUCAGAAGUGUUUCCUUGUCAUUGUUAUUCUACUCAGGUUCUGGUUGGGAUUCUCAUUAUUUUCUCUUUCUAGAUCUUGUAGUAGCAGUAAUGCCCUGUAAACAUGAAGGCCAAAUCUGCUUGUUGCUGACUGGAAGACUAAAACAGCUGUUUGAUGUUUUGACUCUUUGGUUGUGCAGUUGAAAUAUACUAGUCGGUGUAUUCUGAAUUAUUAGGUAUGGAACGUGCUGAGCAUCCCUGCAGCUCACUGAACAGACUGCAUCUUUGCUUUUAGUACCGAUCACCAAAGCAAAGAGUAAUGCGGUGAUGUGACUUGACUAAUAGAAAUCCCGUUCAAUAGGGCAUUUCUUCUUAGCUGGAAGGUUCAUCUUAUCACUGAGACUGACCAUGUAGUUUCUCUAUGUGGCUUGCUGCCUUCUCUGAACCUCUCACCACUUGUGUCCUAGAAAGCUUCACUCCUGCUGUUCUUCUGUCUUUCCUUCUCCCUUCAUAUCUGCAAGGUUGACCUUCACCUCAAGCUCUUGAAGCUCUCUGAACUCUUGUCUUCAGGUGACUUCAUGAAGCAACUGGUGCUGGUUUGAAGGUCUGAGGUGAUCUCAUGACUGGAGGCUCUCUGACAGGUGAUUGACCAGCAAGACUCGGUUUCUCUUAGCGUUGGGACUGAAUUCCUGUCUGGAGCCAGUUUCUGCUCUGAAACACAAGGUGGUGUUCCACUGUUCUGAGAUAAAUCUGGUUUUGUCUUGACGGAUUUCCAGUUUGUGGUCUGAGAAAGAGAUACAGGAAGUGACUGAGGAGUCGAAGCCAGAUUUUCCUCUCUAAGCCCCUUUGAGUCAAAAGGUCCAGGGUUUUAUUCUUAUCAAUCCUCAGAAUGGAACAGAAUCCUCAACCCUUGAGAAGGUAGUUGAAGACCUGCUGGAAAGCGUUGCUUUAAAUGUGCUGCCUUUGUGUCAACAUGACUGUUGGUUUCUCUGCAGGUUUGCCAGCUUUUACUUUGAAAGCAGGAAGCUGGUCCUGAGAAGAGCCAUGGGAUUGUUGCCCUGUGAGUAUUUUACCGUGAUGGCAAAUGUGUCCUUGUGUCUGCAGGAGCUUCAGAGCCUGCUUUAUUUCUCAACCCCCAAAAGUGACCGUCAGUUGUUUUGGA